AUGCCGGAAAGAAUAUAUGACUCAAGAAAUGGAGGAAAUACUGAAGACAGAGUGUUAGUUUUUGGAACGAGACGAAAUCUUGAAUUUUUGGCUAGAAGUGACAUCUGGUUUCUGGAUGGUACCUUUAAGACGUCACCCACAAUAUUUACGCAAAUAUUCACGAUUCUUGGAACCUCAAAAAACCUUAAUCCUAAUCCCGGAGACAAUGAUGCACAUGCUGAUGUGGCUUUCCCGUUUAUAUAUGCUUUAUUAACAUCAAAAUCAUCGGUGCAAUAUACUGCCGUUUUGGAAGCUGUGCGUUCAGCAGCUGAUGAUUAUAGGAUUGAAAAUUGUAAACCUCGGAAAAUUAUAACGGACUUUGAGCUUGCAAUAUUAAAUUCAAGUUCAAAUGUUUUUCCCGACGUACAUAUUUCAGCAUGUUUUUAUCAUUUGGGUCAAUCCGUCUGCAGGCAAAUCCAAUUUGAAGGACUACAAAGGGAAUACAAUGAUGCUACUAAUAGAAACGUAAAAAUGUACACACAUAUGAUGCUGGCUUUAGCGUAUGUACCCCCCGACGAUGUGAAAUUUGCAUUUUCUCUGUUGAAAGAAUCCAUUCCUGAAGCACUGUCACCCAUUUUUGACUAUUUUGAAUUAAAUUAUGUUCUUGGAAAACCGGGACGAGGAAGAAGAAGAGCUAUAUUACCUCGAUAUCCAAUAUCAAUUUGGAAUCAGUAUGAAGCAACAAUCAAUGGUUCUCAUCGCACAAACAACACCAGUGAAGGUUGGCAUAAUCGGUUCCGCCUGGUAAUAGGAAAAUAUCUUCCUGAUCUCUAUUCCCUCUUGCAUGAAUUUCAAAAAGAACAGGCCGAUACGGAAAGUAUGCUCUUCGAAUUAUCUAUGGGAAGGACUGUGAAAAAUAAGCCGGAAAAGAAAUGGAUUACUCUCAAAAUUCGCCUACAGUCAAUAGCCGGAACCUUCCAAGUUUACAAAGAUGAACAUCGAAUUAUGGAUUACUUACGAGCAGCCGCGUGCAUCAUUGCAUUAUAAAAAUUUUAAGUCUUCUGGUGCGUGAACAAUACUCUUCGGGAAAUUCACCUUCGGGAAAUUCGCCUUCGGGAAAAUAUGUCAUUCGGGAACUAGGGCUAUUCGGGAAUUUUGCUGUUCGGGAAAUUGUUUUCGGGAAAAUGGUCGGAUACCACUAUUUAUUCUUGAUCUUUAAAGUAUUUAAAUUAUUUUAGAAUACCGUCUUCAGCCACCUAUUUCUAAUUGAUGUUGCCCGAUUCUCACCACGGGGAGGUAUUUUGAAAUAUUUUAAAAAAUUUUUUGUGUUUUUUGAAAUAUUUAAAAAAAAUUUUGUGUGUUUUAUUUUUCGAAUUUUUUUGUAUUUUUAAUUUUUUUAAACUUUUUUAUUAAAUUAUUUUAUAUACUUCGUACAUAUUAUGCUUUGUUUUUUGUUAAUUUUGGUUUACUGGUUUGAGUUUUUAAAGCAUUUAUCACAGAAGUAUUGAGAUCAACUCGUACAAACUUUUCUUGUUCUGAUUUUACAAGCUGUAUUUAAUUAAUACUUUUAUAAAUCCUUUUUUUCGAAUGGGGGUGCUUUAAAUUUAAGUUUUAAAUACUCCUUGGAAAUGGAUAUAGCAAAGUUUUUAAUGCUGCUUUUUUGUUUGCCCUUAUUUGUAUCAUUCCACAAUAUUACAGCAUUUAAAAUUGCGGACUGGAUGAGUCGAAUAAAAAUUACCCAUGUCCAUUUUUUGACCUCGUCAUGAUAGGCAUUAUUCUGCUGCAGUAUUCGUCAUGAAUAUCGACACCACCCAUGAAUUUGUUAUAGGCACUAAAAGCAUGUGGAAAAGGAACGUCAGUCUUCUUUUUAGGGUUUCGCAGCCAAGGGCUAAAACCCUUAGGGCGAGACUUCGGUGUCCGUCCGUAGUUCUUACGUCUUAUGUUUUAAGUCUUAUGUAUUAAGUCUUAUAGCGAGACUUUGGUAUAAGAAGUUCUUAAGUCUUAAGUUUUAAGUCUUAUGUAUUAAGUCUUAUGUCUUAAUUCUUAAGUUUUAAGUCUUAUGUAUUAAGUCUUAUGUCUUAAUUCUUAAGUUUUAAGUCUUAUGUAUUAAGUAUUAUGUCUUAUGUAUUAAGACAACAUUUUAGGCCACGAAACCCUAUGAUGAAGGCGCAUUGCGCCUGCUUCUCUGACUGAAUUUUUCUUCCUUAUUAUACCUUUUAACAGAACUAACAAUAAGAGGACUUAUACCUGCUGCUGUUGACAAAACAGAAACAAGUUUCGAGUCUUUAAGUAUGUAACGUGGUUUUCAAUAUAAUCACGUUGCUGCAAAUAAAACCAAGAAUCUUGCCGAGACUGUUUCCACAAACGUAGUAAAUUUCCAAUAAAUAUGGCUUCCACCAGGCUCCAAUUUUCUAUCAACGACGAGAAUUAUAAUUAACUUUAUAAUUUAUUUUCAUAACUUCGUUGACUUGUUAUUAUCGACGAUAAAAAUUGAGAUGAGUUUUGUUUAUAUUCAUCAAUUUGUUUCCUGUAAUAAUUCAUUUUUUUGUAUUUUGUUAAUAACAAAAAAUUACAAAUAAAACACAGCACAGUAUUUGUAACGACAAUGGAGUGGACCAUGGAAACUGGGCAUUCAUCUUACAAGUAAAACUACCCAAGUGUCAGACGCCGAAUU